UGGAUUCUUGGCAGGCGAGGCUACACAGCAGUCACGAGUCGUAGCACACCCUUUGCGCUCCGCUCCUGCGUGCACGGGAUCCUCGCGACCGCGGGUCUCCGUCGCUGCAGCAAUGCAAGUCAGCCAGAGAUACUGUACGCAGUCUGAGUACAAGCCACAGAUGGUAUCCGCAAGGACCGCAAAGACUGCCCACUUUAUUGACCUUCGGAUUGCCUCUCAACUCGGCCCGCACUCCCCAACCACGACCCCACAACAGCUUCAUCAAGCCAUCCUUCUCAUCCCGUCCCGCUCUCCAUACGGCUCCGCUCUCCCGAGCCCCUCACACUCGUUUUUCCUUUCCAAGCGCACGCGCUCACACUGUCACUCACUCGGUUUGCUCUUUAAAAGGCGUUGCGCUUUGUCCUCGCCUUGUCGGCAUUUCUUCCUCACCUUUGAUUAAGGCCACUCGUCCCACCCAUCCACAUCCUUCCUCCCCUCAAUCAUCCUCAUCAUGUUCAGCAAGCUCGUCGUUGCCGUUGCCAUCGCCCUCGGCGUUGCGUCUAGCGUCGUCGCUGCCCCUGGCGCCGCCUUUCCUCCACUUUCCGAGGCCGUCAAGAGGGAUCUCAUGGCCCGCGACCCUUCAGAGUACGAGGUGUACGGUCUCACCAACAGCACUGCCCUCGGUGCUAGAGCUCCUCCCAGCAAUCUCUACGGCAUUCAAGAGCGCUGCACCGCUUCUCGUUGCUUUAGCUUCACCUUUGACGACGGACCUUACAACAAGCACAGGGACAUUGCCGACCGUCUGAACAACGAGGGCUACAAGGGAACGUUUUUCGUCAAUGGCAACAACUACAGGUGCAUUUACGAUGAGCCCCAGGUGCAGGCUCUCAAGUACUCUUACGCUCAGGGUCACGAGAUUUGCUCGCACACUUGGUCGCACCCCCACCUGAACUCGCUGAGCAAUGAUCAGAUCGACGGUCAGAUUCAGUUCGUCGAAGAUGCCCUUUACAAGAUUCUUGGUGUUGUUCCUGCUUGCGUGCGCCCUCCCUACGGCGAAGCCAACCAGCGCGUCGUGGACCACCUGAACAACCGUUGGGGACUGGUGGUGGUCAACUGGAACUUUGACACUCAGGACGCAUCUGGUGCCUCUGUCAGCCAGAGUCUGGAUGUCUACCGCGGCAUCAAGGCCCCCAAGCACGCUAUCGUCCUCAACCACGAGACCGUUUCCACUACUCCCGACAACAUGCUGCCCAAGGCCAUCAACAUUGUGAAGCAAAACGGCUACGUUCCCCAAAACGUUCAGACGGUGGCUACCAACUUGAGGUACAACCCUUACAAGGUUGUUGGCAAGCCCGGUGUGCGCGACAGCACCUGGACCUGCGCCGGCAAGCCUCAACCAGGAGCUGCUUGAGCGGGUCGUGAGAAGCGGUUCAGCAUACCGCGCGACGAAGUCGUGUCUCCAAUACAUCUCUUGCCUUUUUGCCCCUCCACAGAUGGUCACUUUCACAUCAUUCACCUUGCCCUCUGUCACUGCUACAUACAUGGACGCGCUGUUUCUUUUAUCAGCCCCGCCUUCUCGUCUCGCCUCGGCGGUGGAAUGGACACUUUUUUUUUCACUCAAGAUUGUCAUCUGUGAGGCGGUGCUGGUGAUGCUCCCGAUGGGGGGUGAUGCCUGCACAGCGAAUCCCCGUGAUGAUUGAGAUGUUGCAACGACCUCCUU